GCAAAAACAUUAAAUACACUUUAUAUAUUUUUAAACUAAACACAAAAUGUACAAAUGCAUUUUACCGUUAUGCACAAGAAUACAGCGUCAACAAUUGUUGAGCCAGCGACAUGUGGUGAUUGUAAAUCCAGCGAAACUGCCAAAGGAUAAAAACAAAGAUGGCGGCGAUAAGAAGCAAGAGCAAGCACAACCCGCCGCUGGGAAGAGCAAAGCUGUGCCCAUGACUAUACCGCAGCCUUUGCUAGUGCCGGAGCUGCCAGUGAAGCCAGCUGAGGUGCCGCCAGCUGUAACUAAGCCGCUGGCGCUAGCACCACCUGGGCAGGUUAUAAAGAAAAAAUCGCCAGUAACCAAACGCGCACCCAACGAACCGCCUGCGGGCAUGUUGAGCAGCAAUAAGACCGAGUGUGGUCCACUGGCGGAUGCGGAUCGCAUAUUUCAGAAUCUGUAUGGCCGGCACGAUUGGAGACUCAAGGGCGCCAUGCGACGUGGCGAUUGGUAUCGCACUGCGGAUUUGCUGGGCAUGGGCGCGGAGUGGAUAACGGAUGAGGUGAAGCGCAGUGGGCUGCGUGGACGUGGCGGCGGCGGCUUCUAUGUGGGCAACAAAUGGGACUUUUUGCGCAAACUGGAAAAGCAGGACAAGGUGUUGAUUGUUAAUUGCGCUGAGGGUGAGCCAGGCACAUGCAAAGAUCGUGAGAUUAUGCGCCAUGAGCCGCACAAAAUGAUCGAGGGCUGCUUGAUGGCGGGCAUGGCCAUGGGCUGUAGUCGCUGCAUUGUCUAUUGUCGCAAUAGAUUCUACAAUGAAGUUUGCAAUCUGCAGUUUGCCAUGGUCGAGGCUUAUCGCUAUGGCCUGCUGGGCAGCAAUUGCUGCGAUUCGGGCUAUAAAUUUGACAUGUGGGUGCAGCGUGGCGAUCGCUACUUAACUGGCGAGGAAACUGCGCUGGUGAAUUGUUUAAUGGGCAAAAUGGCGCGUCCACGCAAGCGUCCGCCUUAUUUGGUGGAGAAGGGAUACUUUGAUCAUCCUUGCUGCGUGGUAAAUGUGGAAUCGCUGGCUGUGGUGCCCUCUAUACUUAGAAGAGGCGCUGCUUGGUUUGCUGGACUGGGACGUGCCAAGAAUUCGGGCACCAAACUGUUCAACAUAAGCGGCCAUGUGGUGAAUCCUUGCACUGUGGAGGAGGAAAUGUCCAUACCUAUGCGUGAUAUGAUACAAAUACAUGCGGGUGGCGUUUGCGGUGGUUGGGAUAAUCUUGCAGCGGUGUUUCCUGGUGGGCUAUCCACGCCGCUCAUAGGCAAAGCGGAUGCCAAUGAAGUGCUUAUGGAUUUUGAUUGCUUGGACUCUGUGGACAGCAGCUUGGGCACUGGCGGGCUCAUAGUUAUAAGCAAGGACUGCGAUGCUUUAGCUGUGAUGCAGCGCUCCAUUGAGUUCUACAAGGAUCAGACAUGCAAACAAUGCACGCCCUGCCGCGAUGGCGCCAUUUGGUUGCCACAAAUAUUCAAAGCCUUUGCCAAGGGCGAGGCUCAUCCGCAUAUGAUUGAUUUCCUGGAGAUUAUACGCAAGAAAAUGGAUCACACCACAAUCUGUGCGUUGUCCGAUAGUCAAGCGAAUGUGGUGCGCGGUUUGCUCGAGCAGUUUGCACCGCUGAUUGAGCAGCGCAUUUUAAAGUACGCCAAGAACUGUUAAACAAUCUCGUUCUGUCUGUGUGUGCUGUGUGCUCAAUAAAUUGCUUUUCAAUUGCUUAUUGA